AUGGCGACCGAUAUGACGAAUCCCGUUUUGGGCGCCCUGUCCGCGUCCGAUGCGCCCAUUCUGUCCAACGAAGCCUUCCCCUCCACCCCCUCCUCGACUAUCAAAAGUGCGCUUGACCGCCUAGCCUCCCGCCAGAUGGUCGAAUAUGACACCGUGGAACGCGAAGUCGCUGCCCUGACGAAGGAGGGCGAGGAAAUCGCCAACAACGGCAGUCACGAGGCUAAGGUCUUCGAGGCGGUUGUGGCUGCUCUGGACGGGUUGAAGAUCGGCGAUCUGCCCGGGAUUGUUGGAAAGGACAACGCCAAGGUUGGCCAGGGUAAUGCCUUCAAGCGAGGCUGGAUCAAGAAGGACGGCACCCUCCUCCGGGCCAACACCGAAACCAUUGUCGACGAGACUCGUGAGCAAUUGUUGACCGUCCAGCGCACUCAGACCCUGGCGGACCAGAAGGCGCUCUCGGACCUGAAGCGACGGAAAUUGGUCUCCUUCCAGAAGGUGAUCACCUUCAAAAUCACCAAGGGUGCCAAGUAUGCCCUGGAAUUCGUCAAGGAGGAGACCGAUCUCACGGUCGAGAUGCUCACGAACGGCUCGUGGAAGACGGCCAAACUAAAGCCCUACAACUUCAAGGCCAAGGGAGCUCCCACCCCGUCCGGUGCCUUCCACCCCCUCAACAAGGUGCGGCAGGAAUUCCGGAAUAUCUUCUUCGAGAUGGGAUUCGAGGAGAUGCCCACCAACCGCUACGUGGAGACCGGCUUCUGGAACUUCGACGCCCUCUUCGUGCCCCAGCAACACCCCGCCCGUGACCUGCAAGACACUUUCUACAUCUCCGACCCUGCGAAGGCCGACCCUCCCCGCGAGGACCCCGAGAACGACCCCCACCGUCCGAAAUACGUCCAGCCCGCCUCUUCCUCCGCCGCGCAGAAGCCCCUCGACUACAAGCAGUACUGGGCGGACGUGCGCGAGGUGCACGAGAACGGCAAGUACGGAUCAGUCGGAUACCGCUACCCGUGGAACGCGGACGAAUCGUUACGGCUGGUGCUGCGCACACACACGACGUCGGUAUCGACAUACAUGCUGCACAAGCUGGCGGCCAACCCGCGGCCCGCGCGGUACUUCAGUAUCGACCGGGUGUUCCGUAACGAGGCGGUCGACGCCACCCACCUGGCGGAGUUCCACCAGAUCGAGGGUGUCAUUGCCGACUUCGGACUCACGCUGGGUGGCUUGAUCGGCUUCAUGGAGGUCUUCUUCGCCAAGAUGGGCAUCCACCAGCUGCGCUUCAAGCCCGCCUACAACCCCUACACCGAGCCCAGUAUGGAGAUCUUCGGCUACCACGAGGGUCUGGGCAAGUGGGUGGAGAUCGGAAACAGUGGUAUGUUCCGACCGGAGAUGCUGGAGCCCAUGGGUCUUCCCAAGAACAUGCAAGUGUACGGAUUCGGACUGAGUCUGGAGAGACCUACCAUGAUCAAGUACGCCGUGAGCAACAUCCGAGAACUUCUCGGCCACAAGGUCGACCUCAAUUUCAUCGAGAGCAACCCUGCUGUUAGACUGGAGAAGGACUAG